AUAAAAAAAAUUGUCUGAAAUGCAAAAUCCAAUUGUAACAGUGCCGGGUGCGUAAUGCGGACACAUCGGAGAAAUCGGGAUCAUUUAUCUACUUCAGGCUGUGAAAAAUAUCUUUCAUCUGGCAGAGAUGUGGCACUUGCGUGCUACACCUCCUCUGCGCAGUCGGGUCAGGGCUGGCACGCGUUCACAGCUUUCUGCCGAGUCAUCUGGACUGCAGCACCUUCGUCACGGGACGCGCUCUAUCCCAGGUCCACUCAUCUUCAUCGUCAGCCCGGAGAGAACCGAGAUGUCAGGUACGGUCAAAGAUGAACCGAAAGCACAGGGUGAAUGUCACAAGUCUGAAACGAUCCAUGUUGCAGUCAAAAGUGUCACGGAGAGCAAAGACUUCGCCGUAAGAGGAGACUGCACUGUCAGACAGCUGAAAUGGGGUUUAUCAGAGCGCAUGGCAGCCUCAGCAGAGCAGCUGGUGCUGAUUCACUCCGGCAGGAUCCUCAGAGACUCAGAGCUCCUGUGUCACCUUAAAGGACAGGAUAAGUCGGUCAGCCUCUGCAUGAUCCGAAGGCCUCAGCAUUCACCUGCUGCACCCACCUUCGAUUCUUCAGUAAGAGUCCAAUCAGAACUCACAGAUGCUCUGGGCUCCAACCAUGAUAACCUCACACCCUCACCCACCUCUCCCCUCUGCCUGGUGGAAGGUCUGGACAGUCUCGGGCUAACAAACAGCCAGUCUGACUUCUUUCAUGCACUCCAGCGUCAGAUGGAGAGGCAGCUGCUGGCUGACCCAGAGAUGAUGCGUUGUGUUCUGGGUAGCCCCUUCGUGCAGAGCACCCUCUCCACCUCCAACCCCCAAGUAACCAGACAGCUCAUUUUGUCUAAUCCCCAAAUCCAGAAGCUCCUAGAGACAAACCCAGAGAUGAGAGACAUGUUUAACAACACAGAUGUCAUCGCACAGGUGCUGGAGCUUGUCAAGAACCCUGACAUGAUAGAGGAAGUGAUCAAAAAUGAAGACAGAGCAUUAGACAAUUUGCAGCCAGAGCAGAGCAACUCUGAAGCCAUCACUAAAGACUCUGAUGGCCUUCAGAAGACUGAUCCAAAAAUACAUGGACGUAGCCUCAAACUAUCACAGAUCCACAUAGGAGUACCCCCAGUGGUGUCUACAACAUCUGGGAAUCACCAGACAACUGAUGGAGGAGACCAGACAUUUCCCGUCUCCAGUCAUUCCACUGAUCCUCUCAGAGAACUGACUGCCACACCCAGGGCUGAUCCAGUCUCUGUUACUGCAGGCAUGCAGUCACUGCUAGAGGAGAUCAUGGCCAGUCCAGGUCUGAUGGAGAGCCUGCUGUCUGGGCCAUAUGUCAGCAGUCUUCUGAAUUGCCUCAGCCAAAACCCCGACCUAGCUGCACAGAUUCUGCUAAGUCAUCCUUUGUUCUCAGGGAAUCCUCAGCUGCUGCAGCAGAUGAGGCAGCAGCUUCCUCUCUUCCUGCAACAGAUGCAGAGUCCUGAGCUGCUGUCAGCUCUGUUGAACCCCAGAGCCAUGGAGGCUGUGCUACAGAUCCAGCAGGGUCUACAGACUCUGGCUGCAGAGGCUCCCGCCCUCAUACCCACGACUGGACUUGUAAACACUGAAGCCUCUGAGUCUGUCCUGAACAGCCAAUUAGGAAAUAAUCCUGAGGUUGCCACGGUGACAGAACAGCAGCAGCAGUUUGUGCAACAGAUGCUACAGGCGCUGGCUUACACCAAUAAUGGGGUCCAUUGUAAGGAGGCUGAGUUCCAGGAGGAGCUGGAGCAGCUGAGCUCAAUGGGCUUCAGAGACAGACAGGCAAACCUUCAGGCCCUCAUCAGCACAGGAGGAGACCUCACCACUGCUAUACAACAUCUGAUCAGGCUCUGACCCACACACACAGAGCCUCCAGUCCUACUGGGAGUGCUGGUGUUAGGGCCCUUCAUGUACACCAGAGGCCCUCAGCUGCAGCACUGGAUGGACAUGGUCAACACUCCACAGAAGCCGGUGAAGCUGUGGCACGGAUUGAGCAGACCUAUUUAAGCAACCAAACAUGAACAGAUCCACAGACACACGUGCACGUGCAUACACACAGAGUCUGAAAUAAUAGAAUAAAAGUGCUAAUAAAUGUGUUCACCAUUGGUAAAACGCCUUGAGGCGAUUUCCAUCUGCUAAUAAAAGCAUGUCCAGACGAAA